GAUCAGCACACCAGGGAGGUGGAACAGCUGCAAACAGAGCUGAGAAUUGCAACAGAGCGGGCGGAACGGGCAGAACGCGCUGUAACAGAUAGUGCUAGCAGUGCUGAGAAGCGCCACCGUGAAGAGUUAUCACAACUGGAAGAGUCUUUGGCACAGCAGAAGCAGCAUGGGGUGGACUUGGCUUCUUUAAGGAAUAAGCUGAAGGCUGAGAGUGAUCGUGUUGCAAAGUUGGAGGAGAGUAAAGAAGAACUUUCUAGACAACACCGGGAGGAGAUGAAUUCUUUGAAAGGCAAGCAUGCUAAAGAGCGGGAUAGAUUGGUAAAGAAAGUGGCUGCAUUGCAGAAGGCUUUGGAUUCUGCGAAGAAUGAAGCAGAGUCUAUUAGAAAUCAGAUUUCUUUGCAUGAAAGUUGUGGUCAUAAUUCUUUUUCUGAGUCUGAUAGACGGGUCAGAGCUACUCCUGAUAAAUUUAAUUCUGAAGUUGAAUCUUCAGAGGUUCGUCAAUUACUGAUUGGUGAGGUGUAUUUGUUGCGUGCACGUUGUUCUUUAAUGGAGGAAGUUGCGUCAAGUGCUACCGAACGUUCUCAAGAAAUUGCUGCAAUGGUUGUUAAACUGGCGCAGCAGUUGGGGGAAGCGAAAGCAAGAUUAGCCAUGUGUGACAGUUCUUUUAAUGCUGGUGCUGGUGCUGGUGUUGUUGAUACUCUUGGAUUACAUAUAUCGUUAGAUACUCUGCGUGGAGUGGUGUUAGAAGAUCUGAGGAGUACAAUGCCCCGUACAGUGUUGGAGGAUGAGGAAACACAGAGUGUUUUAAGUGUUGCACGGUCAUUGAUUACUGCUAUCAAACGUGCAUCCUCUUUGUCUGUUAGGGCGACGGAUCGCCAUAUGGAAUUAGGACGUUUACUGAAUCUAACGGCUGCACAACAGACGGUGGCACUAAAAAAGAUUCAUGAUUGCCUCUCUGACUCGGUUUCAUUGCAGAAGAACGAUGGUGCGAUGCUGGAGGCAUCUCUUUUGCUCUUUGGUGAUGUGACUACUGAACUAGAGGGCGUGUUGGGUGUGGAGAAAGACUUCGAUGCUGCUGUUCCUGCUGCUGUUCCGGAUACUAAUGCCGUUACUCCUCUUGGUCAGUUCGUCUCACAGACACAGACUCGAGAUGGCCGUGAUGUGUUUGUGGAGGGCACUCUUCGUCGUGCUCAACAGCGCAUUCACGACGGCAGCACACCGCUACGUUGUUCUUCUUCUUCUUGCGGGGGUGUGGUUGGAGCAACACCAAAUUUAAGGCUGCAACGAACACCACCGGCACUACACCCUUCUAAUAAUCUCAUGUCCCCCGCCUCUUUCUCUGGGGGACGCACAGUUACCCCACCGUCAGGUAUGCCUUCGUCGAAUCGUUACAUCACAACACCGGUUCGCCGUCCAAAGGGCAAUAGAAGUUUUGGGGCCGAUGACGAAUUCGAGCGCGCUAAAAAAUACUUUGUAGAAGAAGAAAAACUUAAUAUGCGGCAGCAACAACGUCCGGUGACCUCAAAACAAUGGGUAACACCCGGGAAAACUUCUGUUAGUUCACAGUAUCGUCCGUGGUAUCUAAAGUAG